AUGCCAUUCGAUACUGUAGGAAGAUCUCAAAAGCGUUUAAAAUGUAUAUUCUCAUCAUUGGAAGAUGAGGAUCAAGAUGACUUGUAUUCGUCAUUCGAUUUCCCACCAUCUCUGUUUGUGAAAUCAGCAAAAUUCAGCCCCAACAGCAAAGAGUCAUUCGCCAAUAACCACAACAACAACAACAGGAAAUUCAGCAACACAUCAUCCAGGGGGACAUCGCCUCUCAGCACCAUCUCUGACCUGAUUGACACAUCAUCGCACCAGCAAAGCAGUAAUAGCAGCGAUCUCCAGUCCUCAGUCUAUUCUCUCUCAUCAGCCAUGGAUUCAUCUUUCUGGAACCAGCCCAAGAUAGCCUUUCCUUCUACUAAUGAGCUGGAUAUUUGGUCGAAAUUCAACCUCUCGUACACUGAUGUAGGCAUCAAUAUGGAAGCCAAUGUUACAAGUGCAUCAGAUCUGCAUUCUCUCAUAGAUGCAUUCAGUAAACUUUGUAACACUUCGUCCGUGUCAUCACAUGACCCACUUUCUCACUCCAUGUCUUUGUCUCCCCAAUCACCAUCAACUAACUCAGGUGAUGAGUACAACAGCAAUUGCUUUUCAUCAAAUCAGUCUGUCGCAAGUUCAGGCAGCGGUAUCACACUUUGCAGAAACAAAUCGCAUAAAUUAAAGCCAAUCAACUACUUUGCAUCCGUUGGAAGACUCGGUCAGCUUUCACACCCACACUCCAAGCAUGGUCAAAUGAGCCUCAAGCAAGUAGCAGACGCCUGCGUGGCUACUUACUUUGACUGUUGGGUCAGGAAUCCGCCUAUUUUACGAAGAGAAGAAUUCAUGGCGUGGUAUGAAGCUCAGCCUGAUCCAAUGAACACGCUGAUUGUCAACGCCAUGUGUGUCUGUGUGUUUAGACAUAUGGUGCUGCAUCAUUCUCAGCCUGGACUGGAGCACUUUGUUGGAGAUCAAGACACCAUGUUGGAGCAAGAAGAGUACUUUUUCGUCAAGGCAAGAGACUGCCUGUCGCAAUCAUUUGACGACCCUGACCGAUUUACUAUCAUUGGCGUCUCACUCAUCAUUUUCAGAGCAGAGCCCAGCCGUCGACAUCACUAUGCUGGCAUGGCUGUGUCUGCCCUUCAUGAAUUGGAGAUUUACCCUCGUACAAUUGAUGAAGCAGAUGAUGACUCUUAUGAAAAAGAAAUGGAUACCCGCUUAUGGUGGUUCGUCUGGGCAUGGGACUUUUACCUCUAUUCCUCUGGACAUCCUAAAAAUACGCCUCAGCCAAGGGUGCCUGGUAGCGAAAUUGAUCUGCCUCGUAUCAUGGAACAAGACAUUGACGACAAUGAAAUUGCUGUGAUUGCCUACAUCCACUGCUUACGAUUGUGGAAAAUCCAGGCACAUUUUAUCUCUACUGUCUACGAACAAGAAUCAGACAUGACUGUAGAACAGCUCCAGGAGUAUGAUCGACAGUUACUCGCAUUCUAUGCAGAAUUACCAGAAUACCUCAAGUUUGAUAGUGGCUUUGAGUAUGGGCACGAAGAUUUACUGUUGGCCUGUAUCCGUGUGAAUAUUGAGUACAAUGCAACCCGCAUCAUUCUUCACAAGCUGUUUGUACCUGACGUUACUGAUUCUCGGCCGAGCAAGUCAUCCUUGGAGUCCCUGAAUAUAUGCUUGGAGAUGGCUUUGAAGCAGCUGCCCACAUUGAAUUCGCAUACAUUCCUUCCCGAUGGUCGCUGUGCAUUUGAUCGUGAUGAACUAUGGAGAGCAGGUGAGAUCAUCACUAUGGCUAUGGAUAUCUACCGCACUUGUGCUUCCAUUGAAGACCGUGCAAUCAUCCUCCACAAUAUCAGCGCUAUCGAAUUUGAAAAUGGAUUGACCAGAGCCCUGGAAAUCUUGAAAAGCACUAUGGAGUUUGAGACUCUCAGUAGAAACUGGAUACAGGUGGCAGACUGGCUGGAAGUAGAGAUUCGCAGGCACGAGCUCUAUUCAAGUCCUCGCUCAAGGCCUCAUGACAGUAGUGGAGUAACUCAAGAUAGGCAACAUCCAACCUUCUUUUUGGCCAACUUGAAAUCAGAUGCUGAAAAGAAGCGACGUGCAGGCAUGAUUGACACAGUCAAGAGCCAAACUGACUUGAUUCGGCGCUUGUCUACAUCGUCUACAACGAGCACGGAUACUGCAUCCUUCAUGUCACCACCGCCCACACCAUCACCAUUAUCCACCAUAUCGCCAUCAUCCUCAUAUCCACCCUCUACUAGUCAAUACCAUCAAUAUAGCAAGACACCUACCCCUCACUUACUUACGGAAAGACCCUCUCAAUUAAGAAAACCCUCGGCUCAUUUCACCAACAAUAUAAACACUAUGCAAUUUGUCUCUACUACAUUUUCGGCAUCAUCCAACACCACCACUUCCUCCUCUUUUGUACAAUAUAAUCCUCAUUCAUCUCCUCUAUCAUCAUCGCCAUCAUCACGCCAGCAACAGCAACAACAAGCAAGUAUGAAAAACCAACCAAAAUUUAGAUACUUUAGUCCCAGAAAGAUGAACAAAUUCAUGUUCAUCGAUGAUAAUCCAAUGGCAUAA